AGCCUUCAGCCUCGUGGUCUUUUAUUGUUUCCUUUGUUACUGUCGCUCUCUCACUGUGUACAAUUUGCUCUUCUUGUGCAAUACAAUCAUGCAGAAGCCCGAUCACCUGAUGCCUCGUCAUAGAUCCUACUCCUUCCGCCGACGUCCACGAUCCCACGCAUUCCGACUAUUAGCCCUUCUUCUAGUACUUUGGGACUCAUUACACUGCAUAACACUUUAUACUCGACAAAUCGCAAUACUCAGCGCCCCGCCGCCGCCACGGAACACAAAGCGCAUAUUCAUCGCCUCCCAACAUUGGAACGACGCACGCCUCCUUCGAAGUCACUGGAACAAGGCGCUGGUAGCAUUGGUGCAGGAGCUCGGGGUCGAGAAUGUUUUUGUUUCUAUAUACGAGAGCGGGAGCUACGACGACAGCAAGGAUGCGCUGAGGGAGUUGGACGCAACGCUGGAACGCCUGCAAGUGAGAAGAUCAGUGGAACUGUCGGACGUAUCACACGCAGACGAGAUCGCGCAACAACCUACCGAGCACGGAUGGAUAAAGACACCAGAUGGGGAAACACGCAUGAGGCGCAUCCUGUUCCUCGCGACUGUGCGGAAUCGUGUCUUCCAGUCUCUGGAGCAUUUGACCGCUGCAGGAGAGCACUUUGACAGUGUACUGUUCCUUAAUGAUGUCGUCUUCACGCCGAAGGAUGUCUUGCGAUUACUCGACACGAACGGUGGGCACUACGCAGCAGCUUGCUCCAUGGACUUUGCGAAACCCCCGGAGUUCUAUGACACCUUUGCUUUGAGAGACUCGCAGGGUCACGAGGCUGUUAUGCAGACUUGGCCUUACUUCCGAUCGCAUGUAUCGAGAUAUGCAGCGGAGCGGUUCUUACCAGUCCCCGUUGCUUCAUGUUGGAACGGCAUGGUCGCCAUGCCGAUCGACCCCUUCGUCGCUAGCCCGCCCCUCCGCUUCCGAGGCAUCCCCGACUCCCUUGCAACAUACCACGUAGAGGCCUCAGAAUGCUGUCUGAUCCACGCCGACAACCCGUUUUCCACAUCGAAAGGCGUCUUCCUCAAUCCCAACGUUAAAGUCGGCUACAAUAGCACCGCAUUCGACGCCGUGAACUCGCCUCAAGCCAUUAUGUCACCCUUCAACAUCUGGACAGCAGUCUGGAAAAACCGUGUCCUGAGAUUCUUCACAAAUCCGCUCUUUAAGGAACAUGUGGUGCGCCUGCGCCUGCGGAAGUGGAGCACUGAGACGGAACAGUCGAGCGAACGAGGCGAGUUUUGUCUUAUCAAUGAAAUGCAAAUUUUGUUAGAAAAAGGAUGGAAACAUGUGUAAGCCGCUGGGCAAACAGCGGGAUAUAGAUUUUCUUUGUCAAUAGUUACAACAAAUUCAAUACGCAAAUG